GUAUGUAGUUGCAAGUGUGUGCAUGGUUGCAACAACGCGUUGCAAAAAUUGGUUUGUCAAUGCUGGGUGCGCUAAGUCCAGUUGUGAUCAGGUAGCGGCGUUGAGUGCAAGACCACUGCAUUCGAGUGUAAAGGGCGAAGCGUGCGGGUGAGAGCGAGUGCGAGAGAGAGACUGAAACUAAAAUUUCCCUUUGGCAACUCGUGCGGCGUCAGUAUACCCUUAACUCUGCCUACUGAGCGUCACUGACGGCCGCUUGGCUACCUAGUAAUCGGCUGGCUGGUGGAAAGUGACUUCUGUUGCAUGCAGCGGUACAGAAUUCAGUUCGACUUGGACGGGCAACGCGUGUACACGUAGUAAGUAAGACGCGUUGUUGGCGCGUAAUUUAGCCAAGAGUGAAGAAAAAGGUGUUUUGAAGCGUGAACAUGAUAAACAAAGCAAAUUUUAAACGUAAUCUCUUGUGAAUUGGAGAAAGAAACAGAAAAUUUAAAAAAAAAUAUAAAGAAUUAUUUUAAAGUUAUUGCAACAAAAUUGUGCGGUGAAAAAUUGUUGAUCCAAAAAGUGCAUAACUCAAAUUCGCAAAAUGCAAGACACCAAAACAAUGGAUUAUUUUUAUGACACUACAACCUACGCACCAGAGAUAACAUUUGCCGUGGAUACUACCGAUACGCCGUUCCUAAGUUUGGCGGCAGUCACGCCAGAUGGCGUCGUCGACAGGCUGUUGCACUCCGGCGAACAGUUGUCGCACAACCAAAUCACUUUCGAAAUACCAUCCCAUCACGAUCUCGAACACAUCAAUAAAUUGCACACAUUCAAUAGACUGCUUCAGCGUAUCGGCAAUGUGGCCUACGACACUGUUGCUUCAGCCAGCGCUCAUAGCGGGUCAUACCAGCCGCAGGAGGAGCAGCACGCGCUACGGCCCUUUGGCAUCGACGCAACCGGUCAACGCAUCACCAGCGAGCAGAUCUCUAAGAGUGCAGUGCUCAAUUUGGCCAAGCUGAAGAACGGUGUCAGCAGUGUGGGUGGCAACUUCUUGGAAGGUUUCUUUGGCGAUGCCAACAUGCAUGCGGUCAUCAAUUAUUUGUGGAUUGGCGUGGUCACCGCGUUGGUGGUGCUUUCUGUGAUUUUCAUUGUCUUCUCCUAUCACUUUUACCGCAAGUUUCGGCAAUGGAAAAAGUGUAAUAAGGACAUUCGUAACCAUUUGAGCAACGACUUGUACACCGAUGGCCAUCUUGUCGUUUGCGACCGUUUAAUGGGUGCCCACGGCCGACAUACGGCAACAGCUGCUGCCGCUACCUCCGCCGCUUACUAUCAGCAGAUGGAGUCGCCGCCCUGCUACACCAUUGCCACCGGACUGCCGACCUACGACGAGGCAUUGCAUCAUCAGCACCAGCACUUCUCCUACGGCAUGAAGUUCAUGUAUCCGACGAUAUCGACUGUGCAUCACCAUCCGGACAUUGCUGAUGUUUACAACAACAUGUUCACAGCCACAUUGAAGCAGCAGAGUGGAGCGCAACGACAGCAACAAGCGCAGGAGCAGCUAAUAAAGCAGAAGGCAUACAAAGUGUCAUCCGUGGCGUUGGAGGACGAAGCGUCGUUGGAAGUGGUUAUGCCCACCAGCUACGAUAUUGCAGAACUGCAUGGUCUCAAUUUGUCGACGGGCGGCAUGAAUGUGACCGCGCCAUUGCUGGGUGUCAAAGACGGCGUGGGCAAGGAGCAGCAGUGCAGCGCAGUGACAAUCGCGUGAUCGCAUUAAACAACCACAGACGCUUCCACGCUUCGUCGCCCAGCGCCUGGGUCAACCACUGCGCGUCAUCCGAUUGCUUAUGCCUUGUAAAUAUGUAUGUUCUGUAAAUAUGCUGCCUCCAGCAGAUGUAAGAUAGUCGCAACAGAUGAGCUGUCCACUGCUAUGUGUUAAAUUUCACAUUCAAACAAAGAGACUAAUUAACGUAAUGACAUUUCGAGUCCGUAACUCACAAUAUUCUUUAUUUACUUCUUUAAAUUUAGAUAAACUUAUUUUUGUUUAUUUGAGUAGGUACUUUCUAUUUGUAACUGUAAAUGAUUGAAAGAAGAGAUGAAUUUAAAAAUUAUUAUUGUGUUCUCUAUUAUUUAUUUCUUGUUUAGUUUAAGAUAAAAAGCACUUUUCUUAGAGAAAGACUGAUUGUUCAUUAUAGUUGUAUGCAUAAAUUGUAUUUAGCAGCGUAAAACUAGUUAGGAAUUUUAUUAUCUAAGCAAGCUAAAAGAAUUAUUAAAUUUUAAAAAAUUACACAAUAUUUAAAAGUUCAGUUGGUUUUGUUUCAUUUACUUUCAUUUGUUGAUAAUUUCUUCAUUCCGUCGAUCUUUUUUCAGUUGGUAAUUGUAUUGAAAUUUUGCUUUCCACAUACAUGCACACAUAAGCGUUUUGCAUACACUCACACUUCUCGCUUGCUAACAAAAAAUAUUUGCAGAGAAGUUUACACCGUUAGCAUGAGCCGUUUGAGCUUUUGGCGCUUAGAUAUAGCGUGAAAGCUCAUAACGAAAUGAUACAGUUGGAAGCACCAUAGAUGUGAGCUUUAUAUUGGCGAAAAUCCAAACAGAGCGCCGAAUGGACAACGGUAGAACUGUUUUGCUGUGUAUAGCUAGUAACAAUUUAGAACAUGAUUUGUAAUAAAUACAUACGUACACUUGUUUGUAAAAUAUUUUUUAUAUACAAACUAUUUAAACUAUCAAUCAACCCAAAAAUUUGGCUAAUUAAAUUACACACAAAUUGAUAAAAUUGAAAUUUUUUUUAUAAACAUUGUUAGGAGCAUGUUAGGUAUAAUAAACGGUUUAGCAGAUACAUGGACUUAAGUAAAUGUAUCUUUUUAUACCUUCAACAAGGUAUAUUAAGUUUGCCAUCCAAAAGGAAACGUCAGAGACCCCAUAUUAUAUUUAUAUAAAUGAUCAGCGUGACAAGAUGAGUCGAUUUAGCCAUGUCCGUCUGUCUGUCCUUAUGUCCGUUUGUCUUUAUAUACGCGAACUAAUCUUUCAGUCGAGAUACCGAUCUGGAAUUUUGCAUACGUCCUUUUCUCUCCAAUCUCCACAAAGAUGCUCAUUUGUCGGAACCGGCGAUAUCAGACCACUAUGGCAUAUAUGUAGUUGCCAUACAAACUGUGAGAUCAAACUCAAGUAAUUGUAAGAAAAACUUGAAACUGUGAACGGUAUUAUAGCCUCGAAGCAGCAGCCGAAGUUUUCUUGUUUAUGAUACAUCAUAAAUUCUUGCUGCUUUGUAAUUACUACCGGAUUCAGCGACAGUCAUUAUAACUCACUUUUACAUAUUCCGAGUUAGUUCCAUUUGUUGUUAGUUUUAUAGCAGCUUUGAACAUAGCGAAUAGUUGGAUUAAAAGUUGCUGGGAUAUAAAAAUUUGGGUUCGUUUUGUUUCACUUAUAUCUUUUCACAUAAAUUAUUUCAAAAAAAAAUAUUAUUCGUUUAAGUUAUAUUUCUCAAUUUAAAAGUCUAAUUUGCACCAUAAAAACGCUUCAAAAAAAAAUUGUAGAAAUUCUUAUUUAUCCUUCCUGCACAUACUAAUUCUCUAGCAAAGCGCUACAAUAAAAAAAAAAACUAUAGCUACCAUAAGAGUCUUCGAACGCACUGCCUUACAAAAAUAUAAUACAGAAAGUUUACAUAUAUAAUAUAUAUAUAUAAUAUAUAUAGGGAGAUCUAGUGAAACGAGCUCAGUAAGGGUUUCAAAUCUGAUUUUGUGCUAUACAAUAUGCCGUUAAAAAGAAUGUGCAGAAAGUUAUCGGUUUCACGAAAUUACCUAGGUUUAACUAACUAAGACUAUUUCCUAUAAUAUAUAAUUACACAACUCAAAAUUUCUUUAACUGCAGUUAUGUUGUACCUCGGAGUCCCAGUUUGUACAUAUAUGUAACAAAAUUUUAGCAAUAAACACAAAAAUAAUAAGAAAUUGUAUAUAAAACACACCCGAGCACUGUUGAAUAAAUGCACCACAAAAUACACUACAACAACACUAACGUUAACUUGAUCAAUGACUACCAUGCUAAAUCCGUGAACAGCAAAAUUAAACUACAAAUAACAAUGGAGUCUGAAUGCGACUGAUAUUUAAUAAUUGAAGCACUUUAAAAUAGGUAAAAGUUCUCACUUGAAUACUCUAAGGAUCAAAACAAAAAUAUAACAAGUAAGGAAGGGCUGAGUUCGGAUGUAACCGAACAUUUUAUACUCUCGCAAGGUCAAAUGGUAUACUCGUUUGAGAUUUCUUUGUGGAUUGACUGAUAUUUUCGGUAGAAGGUCAACUAUAGGCACUGGGGUCCACAUAUUUAGUACUUAGGGGCUUGAACAGUUUUGGUUCAAUUUACACAAUUUUUGGUCACAAGGUGGCAUACUUUAAACGUAUUAUUCACGCAAAGUUUUACCCCGAUACAAUCAUUGUUGCUUGAUUUGCAUAGUGGAAAGUGAAAGAAUAAAAUAGAAUUUAAAAUGGUGUUAUAUGGGAAAUAGGCGUAGUUGUAAUCCGAUUUCGCCCAUUUUCGCACAAUAAUAUAGAGAUAUGAGAAGAAUGUUAUGUACCGAAUUUGGUGAAGUAGAUCUCAAGAUAUGGGUUUUACCUAAAAGUGGGCGGUUUCACACCUACUGUCUAAUUUUGAGCGCGGUUCCUAUAAAGUCAUCUCAUACCAUCCCAGAGAUAAAAUUUAAUGUCUCUGGCGUGUUUAGUGGUUGAUUUAUCGCGCUUUUAGUAGUUUUUAACAGUAACGUUAUAUGGGGGGUGGGCGGAGUUGCUACCCGAUUUCAACUAUUUUCACACUGAAGGUAGAGGUUCUGAAAACAUUUGUUCUUAGUGAAUUUUGUUAUUAUAGCAUUAGCGGUUUAGGAGAUAUGCACAUUAAACCUAUUAGGGGCGGGACCACUUUAAAAAAAUUUUAACUGCAGAUGCCCCUCCCUAAUGUGAUCCUGUGUACCAACUAACAGUCUUGGCUCUUAUUGCGGAGCUUAGUUAUGGCAAUUUAUUUGUUUUUGAUUAAUGGCGUUUUGUGGGCGUAGCAGGGGUUCGAUUACGCCCAUCUGCAAUACCAACCGUCUCACGGUACCAAGAAACAUGUCUACCAAGUUUCAUAAAUAUAUGUCAAUUUUUACUCAAGUUAGAGCUUGCACGGACGGACGGACGGACAGACAGUCAUCCGGAUUUCAACUCGUCUCUUCAUCCUGAUCAUUUAUAUAUAUAUAACUCUAUAUCUAACUCGAUUAUUUUUAGGUAAUACAAACAACCGUUAGGUGAACAAAACUAUUAUACUCUGUAGGAACAGGUUGCGAGAGUAUAAAAAUAAUGAUAAAGAUUUAUGAAAUAUCUGCCAGCCCGGAUUUUGAGAGCUUUUCAGUGCUGCUGAUCUCCACAAUUCAUAAAAUGAAUGCUUUAAUUGUUAGUUAUGUAUAGAUAAAUAAGAAAACGGUUAACUUUAUAAAAAUAAAAUAUAUUUAUCAACAAA